AUGACCUUCUGUCAGUCCAUCUCGAAAUCUGACUUGCAGGCUGGAGUGAUCAAAGGAAAGUUUCACCUGGGAUCCUUUUAUAAUCAGCGCCUGAGGAAUGAGAAUGUUGGUUAUGCUAAACCAGUUUGGUGUAAGCUUUCAGUGCCUAAGCAUAGUUUUAUUCUGUGGCAGGCUGUUAAUCAUCACUUGCUAACUCGAGACUUACUGGUUGCUCAUCACAUACCAGUAGUUAAUGUUCACUGUCCAAUUUGUGACCUUGCUGAGGAGAGCCAUGGUCAUCUUUUCUUUGACUGCAUCUUCUCUAGAAAGGUAUUACAGCUGAUUUUAGGUUGGCUAGGAGGGGUUUCUUGGCCUGGAAAUUAUGAGAACUUGAUUGCUUGGCUGUCUAAAUGGAAGUCAGACUGGAUUCUUCAUAUAGUGGCUGCUUCUCUUGCUGCUUGUACCUAUUAUAUCUGGUAUAAUAGAAAUACUUACUGUUUUAAUGAUAGUUGUUUCACUGUCUAUAAAAUAGAUAAUCUGAUUAGGCAAGCUCUCAAAGCUAGAAUCCUUAAUGUAAAUUCUAGGCACCUAUCUACUAGAGAAAGGCAAAUGUUUGAAUUUGUAAAAUCUUUGUAA